AUGCUCUCCCUAAUAAAGUCCGUCUUUUCCAACACGCAAGACGAGAAGGCGCUGAACGUGUUAAUAAUCGGCGAGUGCGAAUCGGGCAAAACGAGUCUCUUCAAUCUGAUCGGCAGUUUUCACAACAAAAGCAAAUAUGACAUGUUAAGCACGGUUAUCCCCACGGGGAAUAAAAACGGCAAUUGUGCCCUCGGAUUUAACACGAAGAAAAUUACCUUCAAUAAAAAGCCCUUAAAAAUAUAUGACUUGGAAGGCACGGCGACGAACACGAUAAAUAUUUACGAUUGUUAUUAUGAUGACGCGGACGUGAUAUUUUACGUGAUUGACGCUAAGGAUGAGAAGCACAUUUUUAAGGCGAUCCUUUACUUGUCUUGUUUAAGUUCGGAUGGGAGGCUGCCAGGUGGGAGGCUUCCUGGUGGGAGGUUGCCAGGUGAGAGGCUGCCAGGUGAGAAACUACCUGAUGAAAGCACCACCUGUAAACAGGGAAGGCAAUUCUUAAAACCUAUUUUCAUUCUAGGAAAUAAAUCCGAAGACACGUCAGCGUUUUUUUCCGCGCCCUGUAUAUCCAAUUAUAUAAACUCAAUAGACGUCUACAAAAAUGAAAAAUUCUGGCAGUUCCUUCUGUCGAGUGAAAACACCUUCUUGGAGCACUACCUGGGUGUGCUGCAUGAAAGGGUGCUGAGUUGCGCCUUCGAUGAUGGCGUUUUGGGGGAGCAAACAGAUCAAAAGAAGGCGAAAGGGGAGGGGAACCGGGAUGAUCAAAAUGGAGAGGCCACGAAAAAGAUGCGAUAUGAACCAAAGGAGGAAAAUUUCCAAUAUGCGCACCUUCCCGAACGAGCACAAAAAAAACCCCACAGCGACAUCGUGAAGGGCAUAAAGAGCGGGCGAAAGGGGGCCAUCACCGUAGACGACGUCGAGAAUGACCAACUGCUAGAAAUGUUAUUUAAAAAGGUCGUUAGCGAGAAUGUUAAUAAUUACAAACGUAUGCCCAUACAAGUCUAUAACAUUAGCGUGCUAAGAAAUAAAGGAGUGUAUGAAGUGAUGGAAAAAAUUUUUGAUGAAUAUUUUUUGAGCGGCAUGCAUACAAAUGGGGGUAACGCCUGUAAGAACACCCCCCCUGGGAAGACAGAAAGAAGGAGGAAAUACACAAACGAGCAUGUGCCUCUUAAUGGAAGAGGUGGAUCUGAUUAUCUUAUUCGAGAUGGUACAGGGGGGGCACGCACACAUUUGCCACACGUGUUUGGAGAAGGGGGUGGUCACUCGGGAAAGCCAAUUCUUCACCCCCAAAAUUGCAGAAUUCACAACGUAGACAUGACGCAACAGUUACACACAGUGCCAAACAGUGCUUACGUGAUGUACGAACGGAAUAGCACUUCGGUGAGUUUAUUCAUCGAGCAUAUACAGCACCUAUAUUUUGGGAAGAGCACUUUUGAUAAUGUGCCAAAGAAGCUUUUCUUCCUCCACCAGGGGAAUGCGAAAUGUAGAAAAAAAUAUAAAAUUAAAAAGAAGGACCAGCUGAGAGGGAGCGGAACUGCGGCGGGGCUGCAAAAGGGGGAAGCGGCAGAGCAGCUGAAAAAAAGUUACCAUGCUGAGGAGACGCAUGAUGGUGAAGAAGCGCCUGCUGAUGAAGUGACCUGCGAGUCUAAAGAAUCCUACGAUGCUAAAGAAACCUACGAGGCGAAGGAAACCCUGUGCGCAGACGGAACCCUCUCGCUUGAUAACCCCCCGCCAGUGGGCAAGGCAAUACCGGAGGAUAAAUCAGGCGAGGCGGAAAGGGAACACACGAAAGGUGAAGUCACAGCGAUGGGUGUAAAUGAUAUCUCGGGAGGAGGAGCAGCUAACGCGGAGGUUAAAAGGGAAGAGUUUGACCGCGAAACGGGUGAAGUUAGCCAAGUGGGCCUCGCCUCUGCGGCGUGGCCAACAUGUAGAGAAUACGUAGCGGCAGAGCUGACCAAAGGAGAGACGCACCCAAGUGGUCGUGAAUUCAUAGAAGACGAAUCAGAAAGUGAAGGGAAAAAAGCAAGGGAGCUUUUCCCAUCUGAUAAGGAAGAAAAUGGUCAGAGUUACGCAAACCUCGCCCACUACACGGACUAUUCGUCAAACGAGGAGACGUCAAAAUGUGGCAUCCCCCUUUGGGAAAAGAACCAUAUAAAUGGCCACACGGAAGAGGGUAAGAAUGUCAUACGCAAGGGAAAAGUUAACAAGAAGAAAUACUUCAUUGUGGAAAAAAAGAAAAAAAAGAAAUUUCUCCACAGCGGUAAAAAAAUAAAUGAUGCAGAGGAAACUUCGAGUAACUCCCUGGAAGACGUUAACCUGAUGAAUGUUAUGCGGAUAGAUUCGCUGAACAAAAUUUAG